AGACGCCGGGCACCAACCAACCAACAAACCAACCAACCGGAGCAAUCGGCAAAGCAUCCGUCUCUCUCUCUCCCCCUCCCAUACCUCCACUGGGCGCUGCCUGCCUCCUCCGCCUCGUGCAGCUCCCCUCCUGCGACCGCGACCGCCGCUCGCUGUCAAAGCCAAGCGACCAGGGGGGCGGCAGGCUUACCUCCUCUUCCUCCUCCUCCUACCAGUGGCAGCCAAAAGCCAAAGCCACCACCACACCCACCAGGCCACCACCACCUCCAGUCCCGCCCGCAAGCUCCUUCCGCCAACCCGCGGCGCCCGGAUCCGACCGCGCCUGGGCUAUCCCUACCGCAAUUCCGUCGUUGUUUGGAGGCGCGGCGGGAUACUGGGAGGAGAGCAGCUGCUGCUGCUGCUGCUGCUACGGGGCGUUGUCGGCGGCGGCGGCGACGGGGCAGAGCAGAUCCGUGGAGAUGGAGCUGAGCUGGGAGAGGAGGAGCCAGCGGCAGUCGUAGAUCGUGACUCGUGAGGCGUCCAGGUCCCGUCGGUUUCCCGGUGGUGCUCUUGGGAGGGAGGAGGGCCGGCAUGGCCGCCGCGAUGGAGAUGGCGGCGAAUCCUGGUGGCGGCUCAGGAAGCUGCAGCGACGCACUAUUCCGGGAGCUAUGGCAUGCUUGUGCUGGUCCGUUGGUCACGGUCCCUAAGCGAGGCGAGCGCGUCUACUACUUCCCGCAGGGCCAUAUGGAGCAGCUCGAGGCGUCUACAAACCAGCAGCUUGACCAGUACCUGCCGAUGUUCAAUCUACCAUCCAAGAUCCUAUGCAGCGUGGUCAACGUAGAACUCCGGGCGGAGACUGAUUCAGAUGAAGUUUAUGCUCAAAUUAUGCUGCAUCCAGAAGCUGAUCAAAGUGAACUCACCAGUCCAGAUCCUGAGCCUCAAGAACUUGAGAAAUGCACAGCUCAUUCCUUUUGCAAGACAUUAACAGCUUCAGAUACAAGCACCCAUGGAGGUUUCUCUGUUCUUAGGAGGCAUGCUGAAGAGUGUCUUCCUCAGCUGGACAUGUCUCAGAAUCCACCAUGUCAAGAACUGGUUGCCAAAGAUCUCCAUGGAACUGAGUGGCAUUUUCGUCACAUUUUUCGUGGACAACCUAGGAGGCAUCUGCUUACUACUGGUUGGAGUGUCUUUGUCAGCUCAAAAAGAUUGGUUGCUGGCGAUGCAUUUAUCUUCCUGAGGGACGAAAAUGGUGAGCUACGGGUCGGAGUAAGGAGACUUAUGAGACAAGUAAAUAAUAUGCCAUCAUCUGUCAUAUCAAGCCACAGUAUGCAUCUUGGAGUGCUUGCAACAGCAUCUCAUGCUAUCUCCACUAGAACACUCUUUUCUGUUUUCUACAAACCCAGAACAAGCCGGUCUGAGUUUGUUGUGAGUGUUAACAAAUACCUUGAAGCUAAGAAGCAGAACUUGUCUGUUGGAAUGAGGUUCAAGAUGAGAUUUGAAGGCGAUGAAGCUCCUGAAAGAAGGUUCAGUGGAACAAUUAUUGGUAUUGGGAGUGUGCCGGCGAUGUCAACGUCUCCAUGGGCAGAUUCUGACUGGAAAUCCCUGAAGGUCCAAUGGGAUGAACCUUCAUCCAUUGUCCGUCCUGAUAGAAUUUCACCAUGGGAACUGGAACCAUUGGAUACAACUAAUCCGCAACCCCCUCAACCUCCAUUGAGGAACAAGCGUGCAAGGCCUCCAGCUUCACCUUCCGUGGUUUCAGAACUUCUUCCGAGUUUUGGACUAUGGAAAUCCCCAUCUGAAGCAGCCCAAACUCUCUCAUUUUCGGAACCACAUCGGACUCGAGAGAUAUUUCCUUCAAUACCUGCAUCAAUCUUCUCAGCAUCAUCAAAUGCUGAAUUCAAUUCAAAGAAGGAACCAUCCAUGCUAAACAAUCAGUUCUACUGGUCAGCGAGGGACUCAAGAGCUGACUCCUUUGCUGCUAGCACUAACAAAGUCAGAGUUGAAAGAAAGCAAGAACCAACUACUGUUGGUUGCAGAUUAUUUGGAAUUGAAAUAAGCUCAGCUGUAGAACUUCUGCCUGCGGCUACUGUCUCAGGUGUUGGUUAUGAUCAAACUGUUGUCUCUGGAGAUGUGGACUCUGAUCAGAUCUCACAACCAUCUAAUGGCAAUAAAUCUGAUGCCCCUGUAACAAGCAGCGAGCAUUCUCCUCUUGAGUCACUAAGUCGUCAAGUGAGGAGCUGCACGAAGGUAAUUAUGCAAGGAAUGGCAGUUGGAAGGGCUGUGGACUUGACAAAACUAGGUAAUUAUGGUGAUCUUCGCCGCAAGUGUGAGGAGAUGUUUGAUAUACAAGGGGAGUUGUGUCCCUCUCUGAAGAGAUGGCAAAUUGUGUACACCGACGACGAGAAUGAUAUGAUGCUUGUUGGGGAUGACCCUUGGGAUGAGUUUUGCAGCAUGGUGAAACGGAUUUAUAUUUACUCCUACGAGGAGGCCAAUCUGCUGGCUCCAAAGUCUAAGCUGCCAAACAUAGGCGACACCAUCCAGUUCAGUGGCGUGAAUUCAUCACCUGAAUCUGUUGGCCUGGACAGUCAUGCCUCAGUUACUAACAAGGACUGCUAGCCACUGACUUUGACCUAAUUCUAUAUAUCGAUCAUUUGAGGUAAUUCCAAUGAUUCUUCACUACUGCUUCCUGUGCUGAAGGCAUGAUGUGCUUGUCUUGAAUUGUGGUGCUAUUUGGACUGCCAGUGCCAGACAAGGUCUUAUUCUGGCAAGGACGGCCUGGAGGCAUUCUGGCAGUACGUCCCGCUGCCAGUUGUUUUAUGUGUUUGGUAGGAGCCUUGGCGUUCUUGUCACUUGUCAGGUACCCAGGUUUAACAAGAACUGCUGAACAACAAGAUUAAUGACCCUUCGGUACUCUCAUUGCUUAGGAGUAAAUAGGAUUUGCAUAUGUAUAUAGUAUCAUUAGGACACCUGAUUGCCUGUUAUUGAAAUUCCAAGUAAUUUGGAUGCAUUGAUGCAAUUCAGUAAUUGCUAUUUUAGCAACCAGCCUGUGAGUGGUGGUGGAUGUGUUGAUCUUGUAGCAUUUUCUACAUUUCUCCAUUGUGGAAGCCAUCCCCAUCUGUACAUAAACGAACCAUGAAAUAAGUAAUGCCGUGCUUUCCAACCAUC